CUGUCGACAUUACUUGACAUCAAAACGCUACCUGAAAAUAAAGUUGUAGGAGAAUUGGAAUUGGAAAUUUGUAUGUCGUAUGGUGUAUUUGGAUUUGGACAUUCUACUCAACUUGUGUUCAAGGGCUGUACACCAGAAUCAUAUCUGCGCCAUUCACUACUGCCAUACAUUCAAACACCAAAAGGACAAAGAAGGGACAGUAGCGGACUAUUGCUGCCCAAACGUAUGGCUCAUCCCUCGUUUAUACCAUUUCGACUGCCAGCCUUUUUGGCUAACAGUCAAGAGCCAUCGCAAAUGGUAAACAUGACCAGCAGCACUGGUUUCAAGUCAUCGAUAGACUCUAGCUCCGUUGGAACAAACGAGUCAUCAGCAGGAGUCCCUCAUCUGGUGCAAAACAUGAGAAGAUUGACUGCGAUGAGGAGCUUGCUUGAUGGGAUUGACUGUCGGCAUCAGAGAGUGAAGUGCUUGAGAGAUAUAGUGACAGGAAGAGCUGAAGAGGAGAUUGCUCUGAUCAGUUUACCUCAGGAAGUAAGAAGACCAAGUACAGCUCCAUCAACUACGUAUACUAACACAGAUGUUGAAGUACAACUUGGUGACGAAACACUAAGCUUGUUCAAAUGGAAUAAACAAAGGACCAGUUCAUUGCAACAGGCAUCAGGUACAGACUUGACUCCAAGCUGGUCAACAGAUUUUUCUAGUCAAACAAAAACCAGCAAUUUCCCGCGUGUCACAUUUGCUGAAGAUGACACUGAGUUUCCACUCAUCAAUCAAUGGAAUCGACGACAAACAAUCGACUCAAUAAAUAGCGUGCAGCCAUUGCCACAACAUUUACUCUUUCCAAGAGGUUCGCUGCAGCCAGUCAACAAUCACGAUUUUUUCUUUGCUCCAAGGUUUAGCAAACUCCACACUGAAAGUGUACGUAGCAAAACAAGUUGGCUGACCAGCCGACAUCUAAGUCAACCUAAACGUGACAUUUAGUGUUGUGUGUGCAUGCACUAAUAGUCAUGCACUAGAUGAUGUUUGUAUGGGUCACCAGGAUGUUAGUGUCAUGAUGUGACAUACUUGUUUUAGAAAAUAUAAAAAAUUUG